GUUUCUCCCUCUCUGGCUGAUAGCACUUAUCUCUCGCUCUCUCUCCUUCUCCUAGGUGAUCCAUUUCUAGGCAACGUGCUGGCUGGUGCUGGAGCUGCCAGCUCUCUCUGCAUCCCACUAGCAAAGCAAGAUCCAAAAGCAACCUGCAGACCAUCAUCUGCUUUCCUCUGCCUCGCUCCGGGUACUCCUCCUCUCUCUUCUGCCCUGUCCAACCACCACCUUGCGCGACAGAGACAGCACGCUGGGCUCCAUUGGCAGAUUUCUAUUUUUUUUCCUCCAGUUGUGGGAAGCGAUUUUUCCGAGCGAAGGGUGGGGGGAAAUCUCUGCAUUACUAUCUGCAUUACCUUGAAGUUCACUUUGUUUUUUGGCCUCCGGGGGGGCUUUUCCUGCAGGAAUCUGGCUGCUGGGAGCGGGAUCGCCUGCUCCCUCGGUCGCCCGCUCCUCCCACCUCGCUGAAGGCGAGCUAUUUGCUGCGGGCUCCUGGGGCUUCUCUGGCCAAGAGGGUUUGUGGGUGUCUGCUCGCGUGUGCGUGUCUGCUCGUGUGUGUGCCUGUGUGUCCGUGUGUGUGAGCGUGUGCGUGGUGUGGGUUGGAAGUUGCUGUGCAGCAGCGGGACCGAGCGGAUCCCUGGACCCGGCGGAAGGAUGGGGAUUGUCUGACCAGCAGAGGCGUCUGCUGCCCGCGGCGGCGCCCGGGCUGGAUGGAUUUGCUGCCGGCGCUCCCAGCAAUUCGGGUGCUGCCCAGGAGCCCCGCGAAGUGACGCGGGGUUUCGCCGAGGAGAGGAGCGCUCGGAGCCCCGGGCUCGCUCCCUGACCAGCCGCGGCUCUGCGCCAGCCAUCGGGAUUUACACGCUCCUCCGGCUGCACCUCAAACUCUUGGGCUUCCUGCGCUGCGCUGUCCUCCGCGGCAGCACCGUCUGGCGAAGAGAUCUGUUGUUAUAAAGCCUGGACCUCCGGAGGAGAUGGAAGUUUUCUCCCUCAUCCUGGUCGUGUCCGUCUGUUGGACUCGAACCUGGAAAGCGGCGAUUGCAGAUUCAAUCAUUCAUAUCGGGGCAAUUUUUGAUGAAUCUGCCAAAAAAGAUGAGGAAGUUUUUCGAAUGGCAGUAGCUGAUCUCAACCAGAAUGAUGAAAUCUUACAAACAGAGAAAAUCACAUGUUCAGUGACGUUUGUGGAUGGCAACAAUCCUUUCCAGGCAGUUCAAGAAGCCUGUGACCUGAUGAACCAAGGCAUCCUGGCCCUGGUCAGCUCCAUUGGCUGCACAUCAGCAGGAUCCCUGCAGUCUCUGGCCGAUGCCAUGCACAUCCCUCACCUCUUCAUCCAGCGCUCCACGGCAGGAACGCCGAGGAGCGGCUGCGGGCUCACCAGGAGCAACCGCAACGAUGACUACACGCUCUCCGUGCGGCCCCCCGUCUACCUAAAUGAUGUCAUCUUGAGAGUGGUCACAGAAUAUGCCUGGCAGAAAUUCAUUAUUUUUUACGAUAAUGACUAUGAUAUCCGUGGAAUACAAGAAUUUUUAGACAAAGUAUCUCAGCAGGGCAUGGAUGUAGCAUUGCAGAAAGUAGAAAACAACAUCAAUAAAAUGAUCACGGGGCUCUUUGCCUCUAUGAGAAUCGAAGAACUGAACCGCUACCGGGAUACCCUGAGACGGGCCAUUCUCAUCAUGAACCCUUCCACAGCCAAAUCAUUCCUGACAGAGGUCGUGGAGACUAAUUUGGUUGCUUUUGACUGUCACUGGAUCAUUAUAAAUGAGGAAAUAAAUGACGUGGACGUGCAGGAGCUGGUGAGAAGGUCAAUUGGAAGGUUGACAAUCAUCCGACAGACGUUUCCAGUCCCCCAAAACAUAAGCCAGCGCUGUUUCCGUGGCAACCACAGAAUAUCUUCAUCACUGUGUGAUCCUAAGGACCCUUUCUCCCAAAGCAUGGAGAUUUCAAACCUGUAUAUAUAUGACACUGUCCUCCUGCUGGCAAAUGCCUUUCAUAAGAAGCUGGAGGACAGGAAGUGGCACAGCAUGGCCAGCCUCACCUGCAUCAGGAAGAACUCUAAACCCUGGCAAGGAGGGAGAUCAAUGCUGGAAACCAUCAAGAAGGGUGGAGUGAAUGGCUUGACUGGAGAACUGGAAUUUGCAGAAAAUGGGGGGAAUCCCAAUGUGCAUUUUGAAAUUUUGGGGACAAACUAUGGAGAAGAUCUUGGCAGAGGCAUCCGCAAGCUUGGCUGCUGGAAUCCUGUAACUGGUCUGAAUGGGUCACUAACAGACAGAAAGCUGGAGAACAACAUGCGAGGAGUGGUUCUGCGUGUGGUGACUGUGCUGGAAGAGCCCUUUGUCAUGGUGUCUGAAAAUGUUCUGGGAAAACCAAAGAAGUAUCAGGGCUUCUCAAUAGAUGUGUUGGAAGCCUUGGCCACUUACCUCGGCUUUAAAUACGAAAUUUAUGUAGCUCCGGAUCACAAGUAUGGCAGUCCCCAGGAGGAUGGGUCAUGGAAUGGCCUGAUAGGAGAACUGGUGUUUAAGAGAGCUGACAUCGGGAUCUCUGCCCUCACCAUCACCCCCGACAGGGAGAACGUGGUGGACUUCACAACGCGCUACAUGGACUACUCGGUGGGCGUGCUGCUGCGCAAGGCAGAGAAGACAGUGGACAUGUUUGCCUGCCUGGCCCCCUUUGACCUCUCCCUGUGGGCCUGCAUUGCUGGCACGGUGCUCUUAGUGGGGCUCCUGGUCUACCUCUUGAACUGGCUCAACCCCCCACGCCUUCAGAUGGGAUCCAUGACGUCCACAACUCUCUACAACUCCAUGUGGUUUGUCUAUGGAUCCUUUGUGCAGCAAGGAGGAGAGGUUCCAUACACAACCCUGGCAACCCGACUGAUGAUGGGAGCCUGGUGGCUUUUUGCUUUGAUUGUCAUCUCCUCCUACACGGCCAACCUAGCAGCUUUCCUCACCAUCACACGCAUUGAGAACUCCAUCCAGUCUCUGCAGGAUCUGUCGAGGCAGACGGACAUUCCUUACGGCACCGUGCUGGACUCGGCCGUGUACGAGCACGUGCGGGUGAAAGGGAUGAACCCCUUCGAGAGGGACAGCAUGUACUCCCAGAUGUGGCGCAUGAUCAACAGGAGCAACGGCUCCGAGAACAACGUCCUCGAGUCCACUGCAGGCAUUCAGAAGGUGAAACACGGGAACUACGCCUUUGUGUGGGACGCGGCGGUGCUGGAGUACGUGGCCAUCAACGACGCGGAGUGCUCCUUCUACACGGUCGGCAACACUGUCGCGGACAGGGGAUACGGCAUCGCCCUGCAGCACGGCAGCCCCUACCGAGACGUCUUCUCACAAAGGAUUUUGGAGCUGCAGCAGAAUGGUGACAUGGACGUACUGAAGCAUAAGUGGUGGCCGAAGAACGGUCAGUGUGAUCUUUACUCAUCUGUGGAUACCAAACAGAAAGGAGGUGCCCUGGACAUAAAAAGUUUUGCAGGUGUUUUCUGCAUCCUCGCUGCAGGGAUUGUCCUAUCCUGUUUCAUUGCAAUGUUGGAAACGUGGUGGAAUAAAAGGAAAGGCUCCCGGGUUCCAUCAAAAGAGGAUGACAAGGAGAUCGACCUGGAGCACCUCCACAGGCGCGUGAACAGCCUCUGCACAGACGACGACAGUCCCCAUAAACAGUUCUCCACCUCAUCGAUUGACUUGACCCCGCUGGACAUUGACACUUUACCCACACGUCAGGCACUGGAGCAAAUCAGUGACUUCAGGAACACUCACAUCACCACAACCACCUUCAUACCAGAGCAGAUCCAGACUCUGAGCCGCACGCUGUCUGCUAAAGCCGCCUCGGGAUUCUCCUUCGGCAGCGUGCCCGAGCACCGAACUGGCCCUUUCAGGCACAGGGCACCCAACGGGGGCUUUUUCAGAAGCCCCAUCAAAACAAUGUCAUCUAUCCCUUACCAACCAACUCCCACCCUGGGCCUGAAUAUCGGUAGCGACCCAGACCGAGGCACCUCCAUCUGAGCGUCAGAACGAGUUUCUUCACUGUUUCUUAUUUAGGACUCCCUUUGCAAGGAGCAGCUGUAAUAUUGUGGGACUAACAUGGAUGUAACCUUUCUUCUUUUCCUUAUUUUUUAGUUUUGAGGGUUGUGGUUUGGGUUGGUUUUUUUGUUUUGUUUUGUUUUUUUUUUUAAUUUGUUUGAGGGUUAUUUUCUCUUCAGGGGUUGUUUUGAGGUUUUUUUCUUUAUUUUAUUUAAGAAUCAGAAUUAUUAGUAGCAACUCUUCCUCCUCCUCUUCUCUGCUUUCACAGUCUGGUCUCUUCUGCCUCCCCUUAUUCUCUGUACUACUUGAAUCACUUAUUCUUCAGUUUAUCACCAUGUUAGGUUUUGGUUACUACAGGCUUUUCAUAUACUUUAAAUAUAGGAUACAAGCAGCAAUUCAUGCAUAGGAAAACCCUGAGGAUUACUUUACAGAAGGGCAUUUGCUCCUCCUCCCCCACCGCCUUUUUUUACUAUAAUUGCAAUAACUGAAGUAUUUUUCAUGUACUCUGCUGCAUCCAGUCAGCGCUCCACUGCUGUGCGUCCUUUUAACUGUGGACCAAAGGCAAACCCUGCAGUUUGAAAAAUGGAAAAAAAAAAAAAAAAAAAGGCAAAAAGACAAAAAAAAGGGAAAAAAAAAAAAAAAAGAAAGGAAAACAAAUGAAGUUUAAAGAUCAUUCAGGCCCCAUAAUAUAAGAAUGCAAUUUUGUAGGAUUACAAAAAGCCAUUACUAUGCCAGUAAAGACUACAGUUAAAUCUACUUUUGCACUGCAACAGUGCAUAUGACCUUUAUGUGAUUGUACAGUGUUAAAAGUUUUUCUUAUGUACAGUAAACUGUAUCAUAUGGCAGAAGCCUCUGUUGUGUUAAAUAAAUUAGUAUCUCAUACACAUAUAUAUAUACAUACAUACACAUACAUGUAUGUAUGUAUAUAUAUAUACACACAUGUAUAUAUAGCUAUAAAAUGGCAGCCGUUGCUAUUGCAAUUCAUUUAAUAAAGCUUUAGUAAAAAUGUGUUGUAUACAAGAGAGAUGUACAGUGCAGGGUGUCUUUUCAUUUAGAAAAGACAGGUUGCUUUAACAUUAUUCUGACUUGCAUCAUUUGCCAACAGAGCAUAUUUUAUACUUUUCUAUUAGAGCAUCCAGGGCAAUUUGACAUUUGUACCUAGAUGUAACUCCUUUGGUUAGGUUUUGCAUUGGCUUUUGAGCAUUCUAUAAGGCUAAUCUUGAUAAUUUUCCUUUUAAUUAACUAAACAAAUGGAAAUCUCUCUUAGGUAUACCAUGUUCAUGAACAACUGAUAUAAUUCUAGAGCAGUUAAACAUGGAUCAAAGGUCAAUAAAUCCUUUUCCAAAUCAGCACAGUUAAUCAAUACAAUAAUGGCGUGAGUGGAGGAAAAAAAAAAGCCCUCAAGAUACACAGAUGUGGCCUUAAUUAUAAUCACGUAUUGUUCUAAGGGGGAAAAAUAUGAACAGGCACCCCGUUUAACCCUUUCUAUGUUAAUUUAGAUUUAGAGGAGCUAUCUAUUUUUUACAUUAGUGCCAACUGUAUAAAGCAAGAAAAAGAACAGCAGUGAGAGCAAAACCGGCGCCCACUUUGGCACCAGCUUUUUCAAGUAACACUGUUACCUGUUAGAAACAUAGGAAGAGCUUUCAAUUUGUAAUCCUUAAACUAAAAAUGCAGUUAAGUAGAAAGCAAGCAGUUUAUCCUGUGAGAUUUUUGGUUUGGUUUUCUUUUUAAUGCAACCAUACACUUAUUUUAAUCUAACUCAUUCUUUGGCUAAGAUUAAUAGGAAUCAGCCUACGUGAUUUGCUUUAGGAUAAAUUAAAAGGUAUAUUCUUCAGAUCUAUUCUAUUUUGAUGCUAAUUCUGUUCUGGGGGAGCAUCUUGUACUGUCACUGUUUUUUGUACUAAAUCUUCAAAUAUUGUCUACUGUGUAAGGCAGAACGAAUUCUUAUCGUGCAAAAGGCCAUUUUGUUUCCAGGGUAGCAAGUGUCUAAAAGCAUGCACAACUUGCUUCCCCCUUGUAACAUUCAUGAACUCAUCCACACUUCUGAGUAAAAGAAAAAAAGAGAAAAAAAAAAAAAAAAAGAAAAUUUCUUUCCAACAAGCUACGUAGGGACAUACCAGAUGUUGCAGUGAUUUUAGCUAUUAAAAAACCUGUUAACCAUGUACGAUAUUUAAAAUAGGCCUAUUUUGAUGUGUUGCCUAUUAUACAGAUACACAAAACACUUUUUGGAGGCCUCAGUUACAAGUGGCAGAGCUUUCUGUGUAUAAUUUGUCUAAAUAAUUUGUCUAAUAAAAUUGUUUUCUAAA